AUGACCACGAGCAGUGAGUGUCUGUUACCAUACUACACGGCCCAGAGCGGCUCUGGAGUGGGCAUGUUCAACACCGUCAUGGGGAAGCUGCAGCGACAACUGUACAAGGGAGAGUAUGAUAUAUUUAAGUAUGCACCCAUAUUUGAGAGCGACUUUAUCCAGAUCACCAAAAGGGGAGAAGUGAUCGAUGUGCACAACCGCGUCCGCAUGGUGACCGUGGGCAUCGCGUGCACCAGCCCUCUCCUCCCACUACCUGAUGUCAUGCUGUUGGCCCGACCAGCCACUGGCUGUGAGGAAUUUCCUGGACGUGGCCAAGCCAACAAGGGGAAAAACCGUAAAGGUUCCAAGACCUUGGAGCUCACCAGGCUCCUGCCCUUGAAAUUCGUGAGGAUCUCUGUUCAUGACCGGGAGAAGCAGCAACUUCGCCUGAAAUUUGCCACCGGCCGUUCUUGUUACCUGCAGCUGUGCCCCCCUCUUGAAGCCCGGGAAGACCUCUUUACCUAUUGGGAAAAGCUGAUUUACCUGCUGCGACCACCCAUGGACAGCAACAGCAGCACCUAUGCCAUUCCAGCUGAGGACAUGAUAUGUAUGCCUGUGUUUGAGGAAGACAACAGGUCCACCCUGACAGCUGCAGAGUUCCAAGGAAAAGGGGAUCAGGACCAGGUUAGCAUCCGGAGCCUCCACAUGGUCUCUGAGGUGAGUGGGGCUACCUCAGCUGCUUAUGCUGGUGGGGAGGGGAUCCAACAGGACUCCCACAAACCUGCUGCUGUGUUGGGUGUACCCACCCCCAAAACAAAAUAUCCAGAGCUUGUCAAAGAGUCAGACACAGGGAUAACUGAGGCGGCGGAAGCAGGGGUAGCAGCCAGGACCCCAACAGGCACUUUGAGCGUGGCAGCCGUCAAGUCUGCAAGCUCUGGGCAAGGAGGCACAGCUGCAGCAGGAGGAAGCCAAGGCAGCAUCAUCAUCGCAGGCACUGCUAACAUGUCUCCCACGAACAUUAAGGUGGCCGUGGCAGGUGCUAUUGGCCAAUCCUCAGAGUACCUUUCCAGCACAUCCACUAGCCUCUCCCCAGGCGGCAGCUCCAGUGUGGCCAUUGCAGGGGUGGGACCUACCAGCAACACUGUUGCAGAAAUCAUUAACGACCCAGCAGAAGGUGAAACGGUCCUGGGUGAAAGCCUGGAGGGUGGGCAGCUGCGAAUCUCCCGUGCCGGGGCUGAAGCCCGCAAGGAAAGGAGAGAAAGACGGGAAAGAAGGGAAAAAGAGAGAGCUCGCGGGAGGAGUUCCCGUCACCGCAGGGUGGGUGAAGGUCGCCGCAAGACAGCGGGGGACAAGAUGGGCCGAAAACCAUCUGGCCACAGAGCCUCUCGAGAGGACAAAAAGGAGAAAGGCCGAGGCAGCCCCAGGGGCAGCAGGCACAGCCCCUCGCACAAAGGCAUCAGCCACACGCCCAUCACUAAGGAGUCCAGGACCUCUCACAAGUCUGGGAGGAGCCUGUCGACCACGAGCUCAGGCUCUGCAAGCAAGAGACUCAGCAGGAUCAGCUCCUUCUUAAGGAACGUCAGAGCCAACCUCACUACGAAAGCGGUGGCCUCACCACAGGGCCAAGAUGUGGACAUCACGGCUAAGACGGUGGAGAGGACCAACGUGGAGGCCAUCGUGGAGACCGGAGAAAGUGGCCAGGGAGUGGAGAUCGUUGGCUCUGUGACAUCUGAGAUCAUGGAGACAGUGACAUUUGAAGCCCAUUAA